CAGUAACACGAGUAAAUGUGAUUCAAUACUUUCCAAUUCUGCAGAUAUUAUAGAUCACACUCACAAUGAACAGUUGUUUUGAAUUUUACUGCUUCUAAGUUUAUAUAAAUAUUUAUACAUUUCAAAAUACUUGUAUUGGUGCUAAAUACAUAAAUUAAUGUACUGGACUGUAUUGCUUCUCUUUCUUAUGGAUAACAGUAUUGUAUAUGUUGUAUAUGUUACCUGCUGUAUUUAUGUUCGUGUCAUUCUUCCUUGAAAUUCUCCUCACAUCCCACAAUGUUUCUCUGCAGGUGGCACAAACAGUUGUGUGAUUAUUUUAAAAGCACUAAGAAGAAAACAACCCUUUAGAAUUCAGAGUCAGUUCAUCCACUAAAACCACGGGAAGUCGUGUAAAAGCAGUAUAUUACUUGAAUUAGCAGCCAUUAAACCGGUAGCACUUUGAGUGAAAGCAGCCUAUAAUACCAGUAAAGGCAUUAGUGCUGACUAACUGCAGCAGAUAGCAUCCAGCUGGUGAACAAAGUGCAGCAUUUAACUGCUGAAAAGCCAGAGAUUUCCCUCAGGGCCUGGUGAGAGGUGGGGAAAAAAAAUAAAAGAACUAAAUGAGAUUGAAUAUUGGGCUUAGAUUCAUUCAGGCAGUCACCCCAUCAAGAGACACUGGUUUCCCACUGCACUGAAGUGGCCAGAAAUCAGUGAGUUAAUGAGCUGCAGGUGUGAUGACGAGUGAGAGGCUGAUAAAUGAACAUUCUUCUAGAUUCAGCUCAGGUUGUUUCUCAGGUUGUCUGCUCCAGAUCCAGACAUGCUCCGCAACCUGCUUUUCACCAUCUUGUGUAGGUUUGCAGUGGCUGCCAUCAGCUCACAACUGGAUGAACACUGGGCACUAUGGAAAAAGAUGCAUCAGAAAUUUUACUCCCAUGAGAUUGAAGAGUUGGGUCGCAGGCAGAUCUGGGAAGAUAACCUGGAAAUGAUUAACCUACACAACCUGGAAGCAUCGCUGGGUUUACACACCUAUGAACUAGCAAUGAAUCACUUAGGAGACCUGACGAUUGAGGAGAUCAUGGCAACACUAACGGGCACUGUUGUGCCAUCUGACCUGGAGAGGAAUCCAUCCAACUUCAGUGACACCAGUUCUUCUCUACCAGUGUCACUGGACUGGAGGGAUACAUCCCUGGUAACUGAGGUGAAAAUGCAGGGUUCUUGUGGCUCUUGCUGGGCAUUCAGUGCAGUUGGAGCUCUGGAGGGGCAACUGAAGAAGACUACAGGAGUCCUGAAGUCCCUCAGUCCUCAGAAUCUGGUUGAUUGCUCUGUAAGAUAUGGGAACCAUGGUUGCAAUGGUGGCUUCAUGAUCAAUGCCUUCCAGUAUGUCAUUAAAAACAAAGGUAUUGCCUCUGAUAAAGUCUACCCCUAUACUGGCAAGCGUGGUAAAUGUAAGUAUAGCUCACAGGAUCAUGCAGCUAGCUGCUCCAGCUAUGUCUUGCUACCAGAGGGCGAUGAGUCUGCGUUAAAAACAGCUUUGGCUAAAAUUGGCCCCAUUUCUGUUGCGAUUGAUGCUUCCAGGCCAAAAUUUGUCUUCUACCGACACGGUGUGUACAUGGACCGCAAAUGCACUCACAAUGUGAACCAUGGUGUGCUGGCUGUGGGCUAUGGCAGGGACCAAGGACAUGAUUACUGGCUGGUCAAAAACAGUUGGGGUGUAAAAUACGGAGAGGAGGGCUACAUCAAGAUGGCUCGGAACAGACACAACCAGUGUGGCAUCGCUCUCUAUGCUUGUUACCCCGUCAUGUGAUCAACAGGUCUUUUAAUGUAACUUAAGAUAUAAAAAAA